UGCUCACACCAACGCUGGUCGCAGAGUCAAACUUGAUCUUUUUGCGGAACCCUCCGGAGAAUUGGGUGGCUCAACUAUACAUGGUGAUGCUGGAGGAGAUACUGAUUCACAACAGCAUGAUGGUUUAGCCAAUUCACCCUCUUCUUCAGGUGGGUUCUGUCAGUUUUCUUCAAAAGGACUAUAUUUAGAGGACAUGAGUGAUCAACAUUAAAUUGGUGGAAAUAUGGAAUAUAUAUACGAGACAUAUUUUGUUCUGUUGUUUGCCCCAAGAAACUGUUCUCAGAUUGUAGGGCUGCUGAGGUCUUGGGAACAUUCAUUUCUGAUGAGGUCGGCCCUGCCACAUUGAAAUAUGAAUGACUCCCAAUCAUUUUCCCUCCUUUUUGGCAGCUUCAAGGGAUUUCCGAGGUUCAGGCGGUAGAAAGUUUUAUUGGUCAACAAUCACAAAAUCCCCUCUUGUUACUUGGGCAAUAUAGUGAUGAUGAAGCGGAUGAGGGAUCAAGCAAAGGGCCUAAUGAUACAAAGGUGCAUAGCCAUGAAGAGGCUAACAGUGCACUUGGUGAAGGAUCUAAUGACCUGGAUAUCAGUGUCUCUGUAGAUUCUGUUGCUCAGAAUAAUGGACAUCAGGAUACAAUGCAAAAUAAAACCUCAAUGGAUGUUGAGUACAGUGAAAAAAAUGAAAGUGAUGUUGCUUUUGGUAACUUGCAAAAUGAAAUGGUUUCCAAAGAUCAAACAAAUGCUUUGGAAAAUUUUGAUGAACGAGAUGGAAAUGGUAUCAGUUCAGGAUGGAAGAUGGUGUUGCAUGAAGAAAGCCAACUUUAUUACUACUGGAAUGUUGAAACUGGGGAGACUUCAUGGGAAGUGCCGCAGGUUUUGGCUCAAGCUGAUCAUAUGACUAAUGACCCUUUACCUCUUGAUUCUGCUAAUGACAAAACAGAUAGUGCUACAGUUAUUGUGGAUAAUUCCAACAUGCUUUCAGCUGCGAUGCUUGGUGCCUCUGCUGCUUUCACAAUUAAUGGCACCGUGGAAUCCUUAGCGCCUUUGCAUAAAGAUUUGCAUGAUCACGACGGCCAAAUGAAUGGACAUAGUGUUGAAUGUACACAUGAAAAUCAGGGUUCUAAUGUUCAUGGAGAUGAUUUGAUAAAAAAUGACGACCUCACGAGUUUAUCUUAUGGCGGAGAUCAUUCAACAGUUUCCAAAUCCAGUGUUGAAAAACAGCAAGUGGAAAUUGAUUUUCCUUCUCAUCUUGUCCAACAGAGUGAGUGUUUGUUAGAGAAGCUGAAAUCGCUGAAAAAGUCAAAGGGAACGCUGCCUGGCCAGGAUUCUUUGUCAAAUUAUAUGUUAGAGAUUGAGAUUAGACUUUCUGAUUUCAAGUCACUUGCAUCCUAUGGAUCAUCUUUGCUUCCAUUUUGGGUGCACUCUGACCGGAAGAUUAAAGAACUUGAAAGUUUAAUCAAUGAUGAAUUGUUGCAAACUGAUAAAGCUGCACAUGAUGAAGUCGAGGAUAAACAUGUACCUGUCACUGCAGAAUUGACCGAGCAACAUAAUGGUGUGGGCCAGGAGUCUGAAGUAGACCACAACGAAAGCAAAGACAGUUUUCUUACUUCUGAAGUUUCUAAUGGAUAUCAGGCUGAUGCUUCAGCAGUAGCUUUAAAGGAUGUGAGGGAUAAAUUUUCCUCCGAUGCUCAGUACAUUCCAUUGUCUAUUCCGACUGCUAGUCAUAUGGAAACAAGUCUAGAAGUCAACACACAAAUUGAAGCAACUAUAAAUCCUGAGGAAUCAACACAUGAAGAUGUGUAUAAUGCUGGGGAAGAUGUCGAUAUGGAUGUUGACAUGGAAGUUGAAGAUACGAAUUCCUCAGAAAAUACUACUGUCAUUGAUGCAUCAGUUGCAAAUGAUUCUGUGCAAAUAGACCAAUCAUUUCAGCCAAAUCCACUUAUUGAAUAUCAUUCUUUGUUGCCCGAGGACACGUUUGUUGUGCCUCCUCCUCCUGAAGAUGAAUGGAUCCCUCCACCACCCCCAGAUAAUGAGCAAAUGCCUCCACCUCCGCCGCCUGGUGAUGAUCUGAUGCCUCCUCUUCCGCCUGGUGAUCCCCUAGCAACUUGCUAUCAUGUUAUCCCAUCAUACACAGAGACAGGCCAACCCCUUUCGUAUGCUCAAUAUAAUCCAUCUUAUCUUGGCGCUAGCUCUGAGUAUUAUGGUCAGACAGCUGCUGAAGUCCCACCCAGUAAUAUGUAUGGACAAAUUCCUAUGCCACCUACACACCUCUACUAUAGUGCAGUUCCUAACAUAUAUAGUGAAAGUUCUCAAGUUAUGAUCAAUCCGGCAGAUCCUGCUGCUUAUUAUGAGGCUCAAGAUGGAGCUGGUUUGAAACCCCCACCUGAUAUCAAUAUUGGUGAUUCUGGUGUUGGUGGGGAUGAUGACAAGGUCUCUAAUGAUAUUCCGUCCACAUCAACUUGCAUCCACGAUCCUGCAACUGUUUCAGCUGAUGCUAGUGUUUCAUUGCCACGAACUACUACUGAAGCUGGUGCAGACAAGAUCACCCCAUCAUUAGCUGCUAAAGCACAAACUAAAGUUGUCCGAACUAGAAAACGGGCAGUUGCAGUUGGGUCUUCAUUGAAGUCAAAUAAGAAGGUUUCAAGUUUGGUGGACAAGUGGAAGGCAGCCAAAGAGGAGUUACUUGAAGAGGAAGAACCUGAGAGUGUGUUUGAGGCCUUAGAAAGAAAGCGCCAAAGGGAAAUAGAGGAGUGGUGUGCAAAGCAAAUUGCAAGUGGAGAGGCUAAAGACAAUGCUAAUUUUCAACCUUUAGGCGGUGAUUGGCGAGAGAAGGUGAGACGCAAGAGGGCAAAAGCAGCAAAGGAAGCUGUUGGGAAAGUGGAAGUUGCAAUUGAGAACAGUAGCCAAAAGAAGCCAGAUAUUGUGGAACUUUCCAAGGGUCUCCAAACUAAUUGGCAGGCUUAUUGGGAUGAGGCCUCAAAGAAGGUUUAUUAUGGUAAUGUUAUCACAUCAGAGACGACAUGGACCCGGCCAAUGAGAUGAGCACUGAAAAUUUUAAACACUCACAUCUGAGAAGUCAUGGACCCGGCCAAUGAGAUGAGCAAUAUAUAUGUUAGGAAUGGCUAACUUGGGGUUUAAAUGUUUAGAAUAUUCUGUUUCUCUUUCUGAGUAUACUAUCUUCUGGUUUUAGAUGGUUUAAGGGUUUAUUAGAUAUCCAUAGUGCAUGAGUUGCACUUGCAUUUUUGGUUUGUUGUUACUGUGCUUUUUUUAGUAGCACCAGUGUGAGCAUUGUUAUUCUACGAAGGGAAUAAAACUGUAUUUAGUUCAUAGAAAUCAUUAACUAGUAAGCAUGGCACUUCAACACGCUUGCAAGUAAUUUGGAUAAAAAUUUGUGACAUUCAAGUAUGAUGCUUGGGAAUAAUACAGUCAAGAUCAAUGUCGAGAAUUACUAAAUUAUUUAACUUGUA